UAAAACUUAACCAAAGCCAAGGGGAAAAAAAAUGGACCCAGCCGACGCUGACAAGACACGGAGCUACAGCACGCUCAACACGCUGUACCACGAGAGCCGACAGGAGAUGGAGCUCCUCGCAAAGCAGCUGGCGAUCAAGGACAACAUCAUAGCCGAGCUCAAGUUGAGGCUGGCCGGCCACGAAAGGAUUUGCAUGGCGGUGGGCGACAAGCAGACGCUGGUGGUCGGGCCGUCCAAGUCACUGCUGGAGAGUUUGUGCAAAGAAAUCUACAAGAUGAAGCAGAAGAGCAUGGAGACGGAUUUGAAAAUGGUCAGAAAAGAAGAGGAGAUCCAGAGGCUGAGCGAGCAACUACGUCAGAAAGAUGAGGAGCUGGAGAACGUCAAGUGUGGCGCAAAGAGCUGCGAGGAAUUGAACGGGGAGCUCGAAAAGGAGCUGGAGCUGCAGAGGCUGCGCUCGACCGAGGCCACCAGGGCCGUGUUGUGCACGUCGCUGGCCGAGGAGGCCGAUCAGCUGCGGGGCCAGCUGGGUGCCACCGUCAAGGUGUGCCGCCAGCUGAUGGCCAAGCUGGAGAAGAGCAAGGCGGGCGAGGAGGCGCAAGCGGGCGACCAAGCUGCAACGCAGCCGCCUGAGACGCCGGACAGAUGUAGGAACUCCCAAACCCGACAACUUGAGCAGGAGAAUCAGCAGCUGAAGCAGCGUGUUGCCUACGUCCAAGGUCUGAACUCGCAGUGGCAGAAGUACGACUCCAGCAGGGAGGACUACAUCCGAGGACUGUGCCAGCGCCUCAAGAGCAUGACGGGGACACCGCUAGUUCCUUCGCUAGCCUCGGCUAGCGCCGCCGUGCUCCGUCAAGAGAUCUGCCGACUCAACGGCUUGCUGAAGGACAAACUGAGCGAGUGCACCAGGCUGCGAGGAGAAGCCAAGGAAGCCAGCAAGAAAGACCGGGAACGCAUCCAGACACUGGAACAGCAGGUACUCAUCUACACGGAGGAUUUCAAGUCGGAGCGGGCCGACCGGGAGCGAGCGCAGGGACGGAUUCAAGAUCUCAAGGAGCAAAUUUGUCACUUGAAACAGCAACUACACAAACAGCAGGGAGCUAGCCGGGAAACCAGGCAGGCCCCCGUGUGUCAUGUGCACAUCGGCCAUCGCACGUCGCGGCGCCACCAUCGGGACGCUGGGGACCGUGCGGGGGCAAGGGUCAACAUGCAACGUCAAUCGGCUCCCUCUGAUACGGUGCCGUCGGCGCUACGGCAUGACGACGCCCCGUCGGAUCUGCAAUGCCCGCGCUGCUUGGCCACUUUUAGCGAGGACGACGCUGCCCGGUACCUCAACCACUGCGAGGAGUGCGCCACCUUGUGAGCACAACCGGGACACUUUGCGCACUACAUGGAAUACCUCAACCUGGACAAAAUGACUUUUAUUUUGCACCUUAUCAGCAACAAUCAUUUAGGACUCAGGUCACGUGUUAAGUCGAAGGCCACCACAUGGUUAAUAAUGGGCAAAUAUUUUUGGAUCUCUAUAUUUCACCAUUUUUGUGCAAUUUCUAUAUGGAAAGAUUGUUUCGGCGCCAUUCCCAUGACAAGGACGUAGCGUUUAACGUUUUCGGAAAACGCCGGUUUUUUUUGUAUUACUAUUUUUACGUAAAACUCCAAAACUAAUAAAAAUAGUAAAGCAAAAAAAAAUGACACACCCCAUCCAAUUUAAAAGAUUUUUGUCAAAAAUAUCACGGUGGGCCGAGACUUCAUUCACGUACUUUGAUGCCGACUGCAUAAGCUUCCUCUUAUUGAAUUAUAAAAUUUCAUUUGGUGCUAGAAAUCUAUUCAUGAUUUAUUAUACUACACAAAAAGCCAUACGAUAUUCUUACACUGUUAGAUUUUUAUAUCAAAUAUAGAAAUAUAUUUAUUUAAUUUGUAAUGUAUGUAAAGAAUGCUAUUUUGGAA